GCUGAGCAAUGCUAUAGUUUGCCGUGCAUGGAGGAUGGUGGGUGCCAACUACAUGACAGCAGCUACAGGAGGCGAGAAAAUGAAGGCAAACCGGCGAUUCUUCCAGAACUGCUUGCACGUUGUGGGCUUCCUGGACCUUUUCGGAGUAAGCAUGAUCGUUCCGUUAUUAAAUCAUCACAUUAAAUCCCUUGGAGCAAGCCCGACAACAGCUGGCAUAAUAGGUUCUUGCUAUGGCGUGUUGCAGCUCUUCUCCAGCUCAAUUGUGGGUAGUUGGAGUGACAUUGUUGGAAGAAGAUUUUCACUUAUUACCUGUAUUCUUGUCAGUGCUUUUGGGUAUGCCCUUCUUGGUUUAUCCACAAACAUAUUUAUAUGUGCCCUUGCUAGAAUCCCAGUGGGAAUCUUUAAACACUCGCUUUCCAUAUCAAAAGCUUUACUGUCUGACUUGGUGCUGGAAAAAGAGCGUCCGCGUGUAAUGGGGAGGUUUAAUGCCGCUUCCAGUAUGGGAUUUAUCCUUGGUCCUGUGGUUGCUGGCUACCUGACAGAGCUGCAAGGAGGAUUUUACCUCACAUGCUUCCUGUGUUCUGCAAUAUUUGUCUUAAAUGCAGGUCUUGUGUGGAUAAUGCCGAGUUCUGAAGAGUUUUGUAAUGGCAACAUCGUUAAUGAAAAUAAAACUAAUGACCUUACGCCAGACUCUCAUGUGAAAUUGGAUGUUUUACAGGAGAAUAAAGAAAUAAUAAAAAAUCAUCCAACAUGGACUGUUCGGGAUAAAGUCGUUUCUGUAUUCAAAAAAGUAACAGGAGCAGCCUUUUCCGACAUGUGGGACAUCUUUCUGGUCCGUUUGCUAAUGGCUAUUUCUGUGAUGCUCUGCUACAGCAACUUUGCCUUAGCAAUGGAGGAAAGGUUUCAUAUGAAACCUCGGACAACUGGUUACCUUAUAAGUUACAGCAGCUCUCUUGGAGUUGUGGCUGGCUUUUUAAUGGGAACCCUUUCUAAACUGUAUGAACACAGCUCAUAUACAAUGCUGAUGCAUGCAAGCAUUCUCACAUUUUUUUGCAUCUUUACGUAUUCAUUAGCAUCUAAGAUCUGGGUAGUUGUCCUGUCUUUUACUUUUUUGGCAUUUUCUACCAAUAUUGGGAGGACAUGCAUUGUGGAUAUUGAGCUUACAGUAGGGAAGCAAUAUGGCAGUGGUACCCUCAUUGGCAUAGGACAGUCUGUAUCAUCAGUUGGACGAAUUCUAGCUCCCCUCCUGUCUGGAUUUGCACAAGAAUAUGAUGCCUGUGGGCCUCCUCUGCUUGGUGCCAUAAUGGCAUUAGCAUCUAUAUAUCUAAUGUAUAAAUGUAGAAUCCGUUACACUGGGGCUUCCCUCCAAAAACGAAAAAGUGAAUGACUAUAAAUGAUCAAAUUUUUACAGCAAUAUGGAAUACCCACAUCAUAAAAUAAUUGUCUUGUGUGUCAUUAUUAGGGAUGCACCGAAUUCAAAAAAUUUUGUGACUUUUUAUCACAAAAACAAGAAAAUCUAAAAUUUCUCACUUUACCCUUGUUUCUGUAAUUGCAUAUUCAAAUUAGGGUUCAGAUUCGAUUCGGUAUUCAACCAAUUCUUUCACAAAGGAUUUGGGAUUUGGCUGAAUCCUAAAAUAGUGGAUUCGCUGCAUCCCUAGUCAAAAGCCGAAGACUUCUGUGGAGUCGCUCUUCCAACAGGUGAUGCUUAUCAAGAAGGGAGUCAUUUUAAAUACUGAGAGAGCCUGUUUUAUUUUUGCCUGGAGUAGUGCUGCUUGGAUUGACAUAUAGAUGUCAAUAAAAAAGGGUGCUUCAGCUUUAAAAAUAUUAAGGACAAUAACAUCUUCUUUGUAGUGGUGAUAACCCUUGUGUAGAUAAUUGUGUCACUCAUACUUAUUGACACAUGCUGCAGUCUGCAUUCAUAGAGGCAUAUACGAUUUCCCAAUAGCUGCACUAUGACUUACAUUGUUAUAGACCCAUGGCAACCUCACGAGAAUGCUCAUGGUUAUAUACAAGCUGCCCAGUAUUUGUAUUAAAUGUUGAAUGAUUAUGCUGAAAACAGUGUGAAUGUAUACAUAGUUGAUGAAGUUUUUCAUUUGGGCACAAGUUGGCAGAUUUAUUUUUGAGUUUUCAUACCAGCAUCACAUUUUUGUUAAUUUACUUCUAACCCCAGUGAACCACAUGUGAGCUCUCUUUGUACAAAAUAAUGCAGUAUACAUAGUUUUGAUUUCUGUCUUUUUCAUAAUUUAUUUAUUCAGCGAAAACAAGUUACUCAGUCAACAUAGGACAGUCCGUUGUUCCUGGGAUGGAUAACCUAUAUAUUUAAAGGAGAAGGAAAUGUUAAAUCACUGGUGGGUUCCAAAUGUUAGACACCCACAGUAAUUAUCACUUACCUGAUACCCCAGGCCAGUGCUCCUGUUAGCAGAAAACUUGACCAUCCAAGGGUACUACUGAGCAAACUCUUCCUCUUGCUUCUUCCUCCAUCAUGCCGGAUGUGCAGUACAGUAAACUUUACGCAAAAAGGCAGUUUUUUCAAUCUACUGUUCACGUGUAGCCCAGGGCUACUGAAGAAGAGGAUCUCUCCAUGGUGCUCACUGAUAUGUACCCAGGGCCAGUUCUUUUUUUUAUUUUUUUUGCUAACAGCACAAGGGGGUGUCUAACAUUUGGCUCCUCCAGUAAUUUAACCUUUCUUUCUCCUUCAAAAUACCUUCUUGCCACCUUGUCUUCUUAUUUUUACUAUGCAUUUGCACUUUUAACAAACAGACCUACUUGAGAUUGUUAAAGUUAAUAUUAGACAUUUUUAAUAUGUGGUGUUGACCGUUUUUAACUUAAAGUAUCUGUGUCAGGUUUGAUUUUAAGUGUAUGUAACCUCUGGUGAUGAAGUGGAGCAAUGUGUCCCUUAUGGGGAGUUUAUGCAGUGGAACUAAUAUGAAAUAAAACUACUGUAUAGCAUUGGGGUUUUUUUCCCUGGUAGGGUUGGCACAAAUGAGUCAAAUAAGUAAAACCAAGAGCCACCAUCUUUAUUCUUUUUGCUGUUGAAAAGAUCCCACUGAUUAUUUCUAUUUUUGUUCAAGAUAUGCCAAUAAUGUCAAUAUUGAGCAAAACGCUGGACCAUAUUUAUAGUCCCCCCUUAACACACUGUAAGGACAACAUGUGCAAUAAAUGAUGUAAUGUAAAUGCCCCUUUAUUUAUCAUUUUUGUGGGUGAUAUAAAAAGGGAGCUUUGUACUGUAGGUUGAGAGAGGAUUGGUAGCCUUUUGUAGUUAUGAACCAAUUUCUUCUAUUGAUUCUGAAUUAUAGCUGUUUAGUUAUAUGGAGUAUAAUAUGUUCCGAUAUGGGGGGUAGCAUUGGUUGGCAUGAAUUGUAGAACUGUCAAAAAAUAUUCUCCACAUUCCUUGCUUCUAUUUGGGUUUCUUCUUCUUCUGUUUUUCAGGAUGCAGCUAUAAAAUCCUUUGAGAUGUUAAGCAUUCCUUUUUUUUUUUUUUAUUUAAACAAAUUAGGUCCCUGGGCAGGCCCUCUUCCCAGCAACAUCACCCAAACUUCACCCAUACCUCAUACCCAAUGGGCAGCAGCCAAACAUGGGGAAUGUCCAUAGGGGGGCCCAUUUAGGAGUUUGGGUGAAGAGGUUGGGGAGGGUAGCCUUU